UGUAGAAGGCAAUACUCAAAAAAUAAACAACCAAAAACCAGUAACAACCAAGGUCGAAAUAAGCUAGGAAAAUGUUCUCCCGGCUAGUUUGUAUUGAUGAUUAUGAACAACAUGCUAAAUCAGUGCUUCAAAAGUCUAUAUAUGACUAUUAUAGAUCUGGGGCAAAUGAUCAGGAGACCUUGGCUGAUAAUAUUACAGCAUUCUCCAGAUGGAAGCUAUAUCCAAGGAUGCUCCAGAAUGUUGCUGAAAUCGAUUUGUCAACUUCUGUUUUAGGACAGCGGGUCAGCAUGCCAAUAUGUGCUGGGGCUACUGCCAUGCAGCGCAUGGCUCAUGUGGAUGGGGAACUUGCAACUGUGAGAGCCUGUCAGACCCUGGGAACUGGCAUGAUGCUGAGUUCCUGGGCUACCUCCUCAAUUGAAGAAGUGGCCAAGGCUGGUCCUGAGGCCCUUCGUUGGCUGCAGCUGUACAUCUACAAGGACCGUGAGGUCACCAGGCAGCUGGUGAAGCGAGCAGAGCAGAUGGGCUACAAGGCCAUAUUCGUGACCGUGGACACCCCUUACCUGGGAAACCGCUUUGAUGAUGUGCGGAACAGGUUCAAGCUGCCUCCUCAACUCAGGUUGAAGAAUUUUGAAACCAAUGAUUUAGCAUUUUCUCCUACGGAAAAUUUUGGAGAUGACAGUGGACUUGCUGCAUACGUGGCGAAAGCUAUAGACCCAUCCAUCAGUUGGAAAGAUAUUGAGUGGCUGAGGGGACUGACAUCACUGCCUAUUGUUGCAAAGGGCAUCUUAAGAGGCGAUGAUGCCAGGAAGGCAGUUAAGCAUGGUCUGGAUGGGAUCUUAGUGUCCAAUCAUGGCGCUCGACAACUUGAUGGAGUGCCAGCCACCAUUGACGUUCUGCCAGAAAUUGUGGAGGCCGUGGAGGGAAAGGUGGAAGUCUUCCUGGAUGGGGGUGUAAGGAAAGGCACUGAUGUUCUGAAAGCUCUGGCCCUGGGUGCCAAGGCUGUGUUUGUGGGGAGACCCAUCAUAUGGGGCUUGGCCUUCCAGGGGGAGAAAGGUGUCCAAGAUGUCCUUGAGAUACUCAAGGAAGAAUUCCGGUUGGCCAUGGCUCUGAGUGGGUGCCAGAAUGUGAAAGUCAUUGACAAGACAUUGGUGAGGAAAAAUCCUUUGGCUGUUUCCAAGAUCUGACAGUGCACAAUAUUUUCCCAUCUGUAUUAUUUUUUUCAGCAUGUAUUACUUGACAAAGAGACACUGUGCAGAGGGUGACCACAGUCUGUAAUUCCCCACUUCAAUACAAAGGGUGUCGUUCUUCUCUAACAAAAUAGCAAUCCCUUUUAGUUCAUUGCUUUUGACUUUUCAAUGGGUGUCAUAGGAACUUUUUAGAAGAAAUGGACUUGCAUCCUGGAAAUAUAUUAACUGUUAAAAAGAAAACAUUGAAAAUGUGUUUAGACAACGUCAUCCUCUGGCAGGUAAAAGUGCUGGAAAACAAAAGAUAUCCUUUGGUAAAACUGGAGGUAGCUAACUCAGAGGUAAAAAGAUAAUGUUCUCACUCUUUAUUAACCUGCAUUGUGUUUGGAAAUUCUUAAAUUGAGUGCUCAGGUUUGACAUACUGGAGAUGCUUGGAGAAACAGGAGAUUUGGAAUCACAACGCAAACUAAAUAGUACUGGGAAUUGGAAUGGAUGGUGGUAAUUUGUGAUUUUU